UUAGAUUUCUAUAUUUAUACAUUUGAAGUAUCCAAGUACUUAUGGUUCAAGUAGGUUCAUAUUAUGCACUUCCGUUACUAGGAGGGUACUUAACGAAAAUUUAUAUUAGGUCGAAAGCUAAUUAAUUUAUCGGCAAGGGGUACACAUUCAGACUUUUAAUGCAAUUCAUUCGAACGGUUCGGUACGUUAUCCAUACUUUAUGCAAAUCUUACGAGUGUAGGUCGCGAAGAGGAAGAAGUUUGACCAGUAAAUCUCGUAUGCGAAAUGGUAAUCCGCAAUAACUAAUUUCAGUGUAUCUGCCAUUCAGAGAAGCUGCACGGUAUUUUAGCAGUCGUAAGAACUGGGUCGAAAUUCCAUGUCAAAUAUCGUGCUUGCUUGUUACUAGUAUACUACCUACUUUCCUAGUGCGCUAGAUGAGACAGUGAAUCUGAUUGAGAGAGCGAUAUCGAAAAUAUUAAUAGAUAAGAACAAGAUAAUUAAAAGUCCUCCAUUAAAAGCCGUAACUAUAAAUACCGACCGUACUGUAGGCAAGUGACAUAAUUUAAUCUUUCUUUAGCAUAAUGUUAGUCUUAUUAUUUGUGUUACUUUUCACUGGACAGUUGCUAGUAAACUCCGCCAACGGAAUAAGCUAUCGCCUACCACAAGAAGUUAGGCCUUUAAAAUAUGAUUUGGAAAUUAGACCUGACUUUCAAAAUGAUAUUUUCACUGGUGAUGUAUCCAUCCUAGUUAUAGCCAACAAGAACGCCAGCACGAUUACUCUUAACCAACUGGGACUGAAAAUGCCGCCAAAGGAAACAGUUCUCGUGUUAGGAAUUACCAUGAAUGAGACAGUAACUGUUGCAUCAGUUGGACCAGGCGAAUCCGAAGAUCAGCAUUUUUUUAUAAUUACUCUUGCAGCUCCAUUAGUUACUGGUCACAACUAUUUAGUUAAAAUACCAAAUUUUCAGGGAGCUUUCACGUCUGAUAACCAACAUGGGUUUUAUUACGCACGCUACGUAGAUGAUUUAGGAAACCAUAAAACUUUUGCAACGACCCAGUUCGAACCUGUGUUUGCUCGUAAAGCAUUUCCUUGCUUCGACGAGCCUGAUCUUAAGGCAAAAUUUAACUUGGUUGUAAAAAGGCCGAGUAGUAAUUAUAUAUCCGUGUCCAACACCCCAAGAGAUGAAAAUUUAUCUAAUGGCCUAACAGAUGUAUUUGAGGAAACCGAGCUGAUGUCGACAUACUUAGUCACAUUUAUUAUAUCCGAAAUGGAAUUUUCGAAAUUGUUUGAACGUCAUCGAGUAUUGGCGCCAAAAUACGAACUGGAGAAAGGACGUCAUUCAUAUUCGUUAAAUGCAAGUUAUCACGUUCUCAACGAAAUGGAAAGAUACACCGAGAUUCCGUACACGUUUAAGAAGUUGGACCACGCGUCAAUUCCCAAUAAAUACUAUUCUGCUGGGGCCAUGGAAAACUGGGGACUUAUAACUUAUAGAGACGAUAUCUUGUUACUGUCUCCAAGUAGUAGUGUCCCUUAUAGGCGACAAGCCGUCACUGUGAUCUCUCAUGAAAUAGGACAUCAGUGGUUUGGGAAUUUAGUUUCACCUAAAUGGUGGGAUUAUAUUUGGUUAAAUGAAGGUUUUGCAAACUAUUUUGAAAACUAUUUGGCAGAUAAGGUUGAACCAGACAUGGACUUGUGGAAAAGAUUUAUUAUUUUCACGGGCAAAAAUGCAAUGGUUUAUGACGGUAACCCAGAAUACUCAAGGCCCAUGACUUUCUCAGUAGAAGAGCCUUACAACAUAAUGCCACUCUUUGAUAUAAUAGCUUAUAUGAAAUCUGGCGCAGUUAUUAGAAUGCUAGAAAAUAUGGUUUCGCGGAAAAUUUUCCGACAAGGCUUGGUUUACUAUUUGAAAGAGAUGCAAUACAAUGGAGCAACGCCGCAUGACCUGUACAAAAAUAUUCAAAGAGCUUUAAACGAAUCUACCCACUCCGCUUUGCCCUCAUCAAUGACGGUUGAAAGUAUAAUGACAACUUGGGAUUCAGUUAGCAGCUUUCCGCUUGUAACAGCUACCAGAAGUUAUGGCAAUAUAACAGAUAACGUUUAUCUCAAACAGAGAGUUUACAAUAACUACCACAACCAAGGUGCCUUGGGCAACUGGGCGAUACCAAUAAAUUACGCGACCAAACGAAAUCAUUCCUUUGAAAACACUUCUCCGACGGCCUGGCUUACGAGACCAUCAGGAACAAUUACGGUUUCACAAUUAGGCGAUGACGAUUGGUUUAUACUGAACGUACAACAAAGUGGAUAUUACCGAGUUAAUUACGAUAGUAGAAACUGGGAGUUAAUUAGUGACGCACUAAAAAAAGAUCAUCGGGUUAUUCAUCCAUUGAAUAGAGCUAAAUUAUUGGAAGACAGCCUUUACCUAGGACUCACAGGUGAUCUUUCACCCGAAAUAUUUUCCAAAGUAUCAGAAUACGUUGUAAAUGAAGAAGAUCCCUUAGUCUUAGCUGUCGUCCAAACUACUUUUGCUGAAAUGGAUAACAAGUUCUACUAUGCCAAAGGUCAAAGCGAUUUCAAGGAUCGAGUCAUUUACCUUCUUCGAGGUGCAGUUAGCCGUUUAACAUUCGAUGAAAAAUUAAAUGACAGUCCAAGUGAAAAGGAAGCGCGCGCCAGUGUAAUAUUUUGGUUGUGUAAAAUGGGCCACAUGGAAUGUAGAACCAAAUCAUUAGCUAAAUUUUCCGCAUGGAAAGACAAUAGGGCAUCGAUCUCACCUGAAUUAGAAUCUGCAAUUUUUUGCGGCGCUCUACGUAACAGUAGCCAAAUAGAAUUCGAUUAUUUAUUCGAAGUAUUCACCAAUACUACUGACUAUCAUUUUAAAACUCGUGUUGCUUCUGGCCUGAGUUGUAUGGAAGAUGAGAAAUCGUUGAAACGGUUCUUUGAAUACUGUUUGCAUGAUUGUUCCCCAUCACUACUUGAGCAUGUACUAAGAAAUAUGCAUGCCAGUAGCAAAGUUGGAUUUGAGACGGCAUUAGAUCUAUUUUUCGCGCAUAUUGAACGACUUUCUACCAAGCUAGGCGAUCAAACCCAGUUCAUUGUCGAAGAACUUGCUAGUCGGUCUUACUCUGCUGAACAUGUAUGGAAGUUGAGAAGAGCAAAGUUCCUAUCCAAAUCUGGCACUCUGUUCGAUCGGGCCUUGGCCACAAUGGCAAGAAAUGCAGCGUGGCUUAGUCAAAAUGAAUCCAACGUACUGAGAAUGAUCAAAUGGUAUAAACACUAAUUAGUGUUUCUUCUUAGAAACGGAUGUAUAAAUAAUUCUUACUGUAGUAAUAUACUU